AUAAUGGUAAAAGUUUUCGCUGUUCUCGUUUGUUGCACGUGAAAAUUUAUGAAAAAGUGCCGAAAUUCGCAAUCGUAAGUGUUCGCAUUAUGUCCCAAUCGUAGGUGUAAUUGCAGUGCGAUUUGUGUGUGAAAUUUUCGAAACACCCGUGCCGUGUCCAACAGAGAAAGAGUGCAAAUAAUCGAGAAAAAAUGGCUUGCCAAACCGACGUGCUGGACAAGAGCAGCCUGGAGAAGUUUGUCAAAAUAUUGGCAAUGAAAUCGGCUCAGAUCAUAGUGCAGGCAAGGCUGGGAGAGAAAAUCCGUACCGACUGGAACCCGAAGGCAAACGGAAAUGAUUGGUUCAACAUCGCCAUCGACGACCAGCCGGACGUUCUGAAGGAAACGAAGAAAGUGCUCGAAAUCAGCCAGCAUGAGUCGAUCGUUGCGCGGCUGCCGCUGUGCGUAGAGAUUUCCCUCCAAACGGUCGAGGGUGAUAAUAUGAUACUGGAGGUUUGGUCUCUCAGCGUACAGAAGGACCAGUGCGAUCUGCAGCUGCGGGCGACCCAUGCCAUCUACAACCGUAUGGGACUGCUGUUGAAAUCGUUGCUCUCGGUUACACGUUCAACGCCCGCCUAUAAACUUUCCCGCCGGCAGAGUGCCGAUUCGUACCAGAUUUUCUACCGGAUCUAUAUCGGUGAACCGCAGACCCAUCAGCUGGGCGAUGGUCACAAGCAGAUACGCGUCGGACAGUUGUGCACUCAGAUCGGAACGCUAACCAUGGCAGUAGCCUACCGUACCAAGAUGACUAUCUCGCCCACGCAAACCGGACGGGAUAACACCAUUAUGCUGAAAAGCGACCACUUCCUCAAGGAUAUCAGCCCGAAGCACAUCCGCUACAACUACAACAAGAAGAAUGAAAAGAAAAUCAUCGACUUGGACAAACCGAUGCGGUGCGGUGCCUUCGUGGAUGCCUCUCGCGUAAAGCAGUACACCGAGGAGGAUUUCAUCCUGCCGGAGACGCCCCCGUUUCACUGGCUGCUACCGAAACCGAAGGACGACACCAGUUCGCUGAAGAGCGGUACCGACGAGGAUCGCCAGUCGAUCAACUCCCCAACGGCCGACGAAAACUCGUCCACCAACGCUAACAACAACAACACCGUCACCAACCUCAACAACGUCAACAACAACAGCAACAAGGGUUCGUUCGAAUCGGCCGGAGCGAUGAACUUCCGAUUGUCACAAUCGCCAAAAAGUGGCGACUCGUCGAAUGCGGCGAGUGCCUCUGCGACGGCAGCAGCCAUCGCCGCUGCGGGCAACCCUCCGGCAAGCGGCACCAACUCGGGCUCACCACCGGCUUCGCUAACCAGCGAGUUCCGCCGGUCGUCACGGUGGUCGAUCCAGAAACCCGAACCGGAUGACGAGCGGUUGCUGAAGGAACUGCAAUUCCCAUUUGCGGUCGGUCACUCCGCGAUCAGCGACCUGGCCAAAUUCUACCGCGAUUGUACCCAGGCACCGCCGCUGCAGGCGUUCAACCAGCUGGCCAGUGUGAUUUCGAACGUCGACGGUGAGGAGGCCGCCAACGCGGACGACGCCGGUCGGAUACUGAUCGAGGCCGACGAUGACGACGAUGUCGACGAGAUUACGCGACAGCUGGAGCAGUUCGAGACGUCGCUGCCGGUGUUCGAAACCCUGGUGACGUCCCUCUGCCAGUCGGUGGACAGCAAUUCCAACAGUUAAACAACCGAAACCGGGCUGGACUAAUAUACUUGCCUGAGACUGAAGGAGACGAUGACUGGACAGAUGGCCAGCCAGCCAACCAACCAGCCGGGGUAUGAAGCAGAGAGAGAGCGAGGGAGGGUUUUUGGGAGCGUUAUAGGGCGCGAUGUCUUUGGCAGUUUUUCUUAGCAGUUUAAGAAAAAAGUCGACUGAUUGAUGAUAUUCAUCUAUACACACCAAUGUUUAAUUUUGUUUGUUUAUUUUUUAUUUGUUUCUUUAAGAUUUAGGAAAGGUAGCGUAAGGUAAUCGUAAAGGAAGACAUUUAUUUCAGUUUUUCGGGAAAGGAUAAUUGUGUAUUAUAAAGUAGCUGAUCAGGCACGUAGAUAGCAUCCUAGGACAUACAAGAAUCAAUUGCUGUAAAUAAUUUGGAAAAGGGCCUUUUUUUAAAAAAAGAAAAAAUCGCUUUAUAGAAGCAGUCAUUACUUGACAGGAUGUUUUAUACGGAAAAGUAAGGCUAGAGAAAAAUUACUAUUAAGUAAUACACAAUGUUGAAUGCAGAAAUAACGAAGUUCCUUACGUUUUGUCGCUUUUUUCGGUUCCAAACAGUUAGUAUACAUAUCCUCAAAGUAUUUAUGGGAUUUUAUUUUGGGCAAGAGGAUUGUUAACUAAUGAUUUUAAAUUAUCCCGUAAGCGAAGCCAUUCUUAAAUUUUCUCCCAAAUCUUAUCGGUAUAUUUUUAGAGCGCGCUUGAUUAGGUAGAGCAAAACCGACUAAUUGCAUUUUGAGGGCAUUCGUGGGACGAAAACUGGCAGAUAGAGUGUUUCUUUCUUUGCCAGUUUGCGUCAAUUGCUGUUAAGAAUGCCUGCUCUAUUUGAAAAAUCCUUUUUAUUAUCGGCUUUUCUCUUCUUAACAGCGUCGUAAGUAAUCCGUAAGUUUAUAUUUUACAUUAAGAGAUGAUAUUUUAUCCCCAUUUUUCGUCUUACAAGGAUAGAUUAAGGCAAAAAGCUCUAUUGAUUUAAUUUGCUACAUAACCAUUGUUCUACAUAACUGCUUGAAAAAGCUUCUAUUCUAUUAUUUUGCGUCGAUCGAGUAUUAGCAAACGUUGAGACGAUAAAAUCGAUCAAGACACCAAGCUUUAUUUUCAAAAUUUACAUUCUAAUUUAACACUCUAUUUUCAAGACUGAGUGGAGUUAUUUUUUCUUUAACUUAAAUUGUAUAGUCAAAAUUGGCAAUCGAAACCAUUGUAUGAAAAAAAACUAAAACGAUUUAAAAGACGCAAACUGAACGGUCUGAUGCGAAGAGAAGAAACGUUUCCUUCGUUUAAUAAAUUAAUCAAAAGUACAUAUUUAUUGAUGCCUGAAAUCAAUGUUUGAUUAGAGUAUUGUUGCGCUGUUAAAUAAUCAAAGGUUUGAAAUUUAUUUUGUCUAUAUUGCUUAUCAUCUAUGAAUAAUAAAACAUAAUUGGAGGAAAUCAAUCGAGAGUAAAUAUCCAAAGUUGUUGCAUUGUAGUCGGAGAGUAGAAGGAAACGAAAUAGUGCUUUAUAAUCAUUAAAUUAAAAAACUAUGCAAAUUUUGAAGCUAUAGAAAGCGCAUCACCAUCAUUAAGCAUAUAGCUCUAACUGUUUCUAUCAGCCAUAACCAACCGGAAUCCCGUAAAAAAAAACUGUCGACCCAACAAACCAUAGAAUUGUGCAUAACGAACGUAUCGGGAAAAGUAUGUUUAGUUUCUGCUGCUACACACUAUCCUCUAUAUACACAUAUAAAAUACAUAACGAACAGUUUCAAAAAAGGAAAAGAAUCAUUAUGCCUACCUUCCAAAAGAAUGAACAUUAUUCGAAAAAUAAACUCACAUCACUUUUUGGUUAAACAAA